UGUGGAGCAGGGGAAGGCUUUGGUUGCUGCACGCAGACAGUGUAUGUGUGUGUGUGAGAGAGAGAUAUGCUGUGACAGCUGGGGGAAUGCAGUCAGAGCGGGCACAGCUCGAUACACAACUCCUCCUCCUCCUCCUCCUUCCAGCCUCCGAUAAACAGCGAGAGGGAUUCCCUGCCACACCAUGGUCCAGGCAUCUGACUCAGUAUCAUUGCUUCACUUUGUAGUUUAUGCUGUCACUCUGCCACUGGUCACGUGCAGGUCUGCUUCCGGAUCUGUGCCUCUGGAACAUCCAGAACGUUACUGGCUGCUUUGAAGAUCUGAAACACGGCAAGUCGAUUCCGGGGCUCCUGGUUGGCUUCUGUUGCUCGGAUAUUGGAGGGUCAGAAUGAGUGAGACUGUCAGCUGAAAAAGGGCAAGAACUGAUCCAGGCCUGCGUUUUGGGACCGUGGCCUUGCAACAUGGGGGACAGAGAAAAAUCCAAAAUUGAGCAAUCCCACAUGCUGUUCGAUAACUUCAUCCAAGCAACAACCUGCAAAGGCACAUUCAAAGGUUUUCAGGAGCUAUGUGAGAUUCUAGACAUCACCAAAAUUGAUUUUCACAACUUUUACCCCAAGCUUAAAUCCAAACUCAAUUACUGGAAAGCAAAAGCACUUUUUUCAAAACUGGAUAAACGAGGAAGUCACAAGGAUUACAAGAAGAACACAGCUUGUGCCAAUACAAAGUGUCUGGUGAUUGGAGCUGGUCCUUGUGGCCUGCGAACAGCCAUUGAGCUGGCAUUCCUUGGAGCCAAAGCCAUCAUCGUAGAGAAACGGGACACCUUCUCUAGAAACAAUGUCUUGCACUUGUGGCCAUACACUAUUCAGGACCUGCGCAACCUGGGAGCAAAGAAGAUCUAUGGGAAAUUCUGUGCCGGAGCCAUUGACCAUAUCAGUAUUCGACAGCUGCAGCUUGUCCUGCUUAAGAUUGCCUUGAUCCUGGGCGUUGAGAUUCAUCUGAAUGUGGAGUUCCGCGGACUGCUCCCACCCAGAUGCCAGAAUAAUUCAAAUGCUGGCUGGAGAGCAGAGAUAAAUCCUCCAACCAGCAAAGUGACACUGUUUGAGUUCGAUGCUGUGAUUGGCGCUGAUGGUCGAAGGAAUACUCUGGAAGGGUUUCGGAGGAAAGAAUUCCGGGGGAAAUUGGCGAUUGCUAUCACUGCCAACUUCAUUAACCGGCACACACGGGAGGAGGCCCAGGCCCAGGAGAUCAGUGGCGUUGCCUUCAUCUUCAACCAGAAGUUUUUUCAGGACCUGCGGGAAGCCACGGGCGUAGAUUUAGAAAAUAUUGUUUACUACAAGGAUGACACGCAUUAUUUUGUGAUGACUGCGAAGAAGCAGAGCCUUUUGGAGAAGGGAGUGAUUCUACAGGAUUUCUCUGACACUGAAAGGCUUCUUUCCCGGAAUAACAUGAAUCAAGAAGCACUCCUGAACUAUGUGAAGGAGGCUGCCAACUUUUCCACCAAUCAUCAGCUGCCACGCCUAGACUUUGCCAUGAACCAUUAUGGCCAGCCUGACGUGGCCAUGUUUGACUUCACAUGUAUGUACGCCUCCGAGAACGCAUCAUUGAUACGUGAGGAGAAUGGCAAAAGGCUUCUGGUAGCCCUGGUUGGGGAUAGUUUGCUUGAACCUUUUUGGCCUAUGGGAACUGGGAUAGCACGUGGAUUUCUUGCUGCUUUUGAUACUGCCUGGAUGGUGCGGAAUUGGGCACAAGGUGCAACUCCCCUGAAAGUGCUGGCAGAGAGGGAAAGUAUUUACAGGUUACUGCCUCAGACUACACCAUCGAACAUCAGCAAGAACUACAACCUCUACAGUAUUGACCCUGUCACUCGCUACCCCAAGGUCAACAUUCAUGUGCUAGAUGAAAAUCAGGUGCGGCACUUGUAUAAUACUGGAGAGCAAAAGAAUCUGCCAGGAUCAGAAACUGCGGUUAUUCCAAGAUCACCAAAGUUUAAACAAAGUGACUCUUUGGCCCGAUCGAAUAAACUACUCGCUUGGUGCCAGAAGCAGACCCAGGGGUAUAAGAACGUCAAUGUGAUCGAUCUGACCACGUCAUGGAAAAGUGGCCUGGCACUUUGCGCUAUCAUCCACCGUUACAGGCCAGACCUAAUAGACUUUGAUCAGCUGAAUGAGAAGGAUGUGGAGAGCAAUAACCAGAUGGCGUUUGACAUUGCUGAGCGGGAGUUUGGAAUUUCCCCCAUAAUGACAGGAAAAGAAAUGGCAGCAGUGGGUGAACCAGACAAACUGAGCAUGGUGAUGUACCUGUCACAGUUCUACGAGAUGCUGAAGGACACGGCUCCAGAGGAAUAUCUACUCAGUUUUCAUGAUAAAUCAAACGUUGUGAGUGCUACAAAGUCACCGAUCUCCUUCCUCAGCAGACUGGGACAGUCCAUCACUCGCAAGAGGGGGCCUAAGGCAUCUCCUGAGAAACUAACCAGGCUGCCAGGAAAGCAAGAUAGUUUAGAACAAGGGACACAGACGAUGAUGCCAGAGAAACAAGACCUUUAUGUAUCUAAGAUGCAAACCAGGGUGCCAGUGAAAGAUGACUUCUAUGUAUCUAAGAUGCAAACCAGGGUGCCAGUGAAAGAUGAUUUGUUUAGGGACAAGUCAGUAGCCAAGCUGCCAAAGAAACAAGACCUUCAUGUAACUAAGUUUCUAACCAGGGUGCCAGUGAAAGAUGAUACUUUAGAGCAUGGGACACAAACCAGGAAGCCAGAGAAACAAGAGGAACGGGACCCCUACCAGAAGGGCAGCGUCAAAUGCAUUGCUAAUCAGUUCCUGGCCAAGUCCGAUAGUAAUGCCCCAGGGCCAUCGCAUGGACUGAAACGACAACGACCAAACCUCUUUGAGGGCGAGGAUCCUGACCAACAACCUCACACUAGACCAGGGGAGAUCACACAACUUAAUGCUGGACCUCAGUGGAAACAGCGAAGAGAUGUGCUGCCAUUGCGAGCUUGUCCCAAGACAGUAAUAAUGCUUCCUUGGCCUCUUCCUGGGUCAUCUCGCUGCACACAGCAAUCAAUGAAGAAGAAGGAGUUCCCCUCACAGUUUGGAGGCAGUGAUGUUUGCUAUUUUUGUGGCAAGCGAGUUUAUGUGAUGGAGCGUCUGAGUGCUGAAGGGAAGUUCUUUCACCGUGGCUGCUUCAAAUGUGCGUACUGUGGUGUAACACUCCGACUUGCGAGCUACGCCUAUAAUCCAGAGAAUGGAAAGUUCUACUGUAAGCCUCAUUAUCGACUGGCAGGACGUGAGGCCAGGAAAAGAUCAGCAACUCCUCCAGCACAAGCCCAGGAGAAGGUUUCUCCUCCCCAGCUGCCAAGCGUGAACCCGGUUGAAGUGCCGGACUCCAAGAUGCAGUACACUGAUGGAGCUGCAGUGGCGUUUACUGAUGCCCUGGCAGAACCAUGCCAGGCAAAGCGAAUACGCAGUACGCCUGAAAGGAUCGAGCUGGAAAAUAUCCGAGUUUCACUGGAGCGCGAGGAAGAUCUCCAGGAGGUGCCUGAGGAGACACUUGCAGAACACAACCUGAGCAGUGCAUUUCAGCAAAUCAGCCAGGAGCCAGAUAGCAGUUGCAGCAGCUCUGAGUAUGAAAUGGAAGAUGAUGAAGAGGAGGAGGAAGACGAAGAAGAUGAUGAAAGUGCACAAGCUCCCUCAGACCUGGGUGGUGUCCCCUGGAUGGAAGCUGUGAGGAUUCAUAGGUUACUGAAAGGUGACCUGGAGGGAGACAGUGAGCCUGAAGAUGAGGAGCAGUCAGAAUCGAGUUAUGAGGGUGAGUACUGCCCCUGGGAAAGGGAGCUCCAGUUUGGGCUCUGGCUCCGUCAGCUGUCUGAUGAAGAGGACAACCCUUCGUUCAGAGCUUCGGGUCUGCGAGUGCGCCAGAUCCUCAGUCCCAUCGACCCUUUGGAAAUCAAGGCCGAUGUUCACUGGACACAUAUCACAGGCCAGGAAGGGGAAGACACAGCAAGAUCUGCACCUCCUGAAGCCUCUGAUGCUCCCCCAUUUCGGAACGAAGCAGUUCGAGCAUGGUUGGAUUCCGUGUCCAGAGAACAGCAGCUAGAGGUGGAAUUAAGCCCAGUUGAUGAUGACGACGUGGAGGAUGAGGAAGAUGAUGAUGGAGCAACAUUCGAUGACGAUAUUGCAUCAGACGCAGAGGCCGAGAACUUGAUUUCUUAUACAGAGGAGCUGGAGCAGUUAGUGCGGGAGAAGGAGGAAGCCUGUGGUGAGAUUGGAACUCCAGGUGGAUUCAAACCAGCACAGGGAGUGCACUCAGUGAGCAGUUUGGAUCUUCAAUUAUUGUCUGACAGGACACAGAAAAGUCAGCCUGAGCAGCAGUUUGACCUCCAGUCUCCCAGAGUUCCCAUUGUGACACCACUCGACUUUGACAGGAGAAUGACAUCAUCGCAGGAAGUGAGCACCCCCCUAUUAGACCAUCCUCCCGUACAAUCACAACCUCUAUGCUACACAGAAACCCCAUCACCUUGUUCACCAGUGAAGUCUCAGCCCACUGUUUCUUCUCUGGCACAGAGCUCUGGCACUGCCCCACCUCAUCCUACCCCUCAGGCACAGAGUCCAGGCAGUGGGCCAUCCCCUCAUACCCCCUUGGCGAAGAACCCUGGCACUACCCCAUCCCAUCCUUGUCCUCUGGCACAGAGCCCCAGCAGUGCCCUAUCCCCUGUUAUCUCUUUGGCACAGAGCCCCAGCAUUGCCCCAUCACCUGUUACCUCUCUGCCACAGAGCCCUGGUACUGCCCCAUCAGUUAUCUGCUGCCAUCCACUAACCUGUUCUGAAGUGACAAUUCCCAUUAAAGUUCAGUCACCAGUGAAAACUCAGCCUGUGUGCAGUAUCCUCACUUCCACCCCACUCGUCACCCUUAGCACAGAGUCACACAACAAGGUGACAGAAAGACUGGCUGACCUGGGUGGAGACAAGCUCUCCCAAAAGGACCCUGUUGAUGAGUUCUGGCUCAGGAGUAUGGAACUCAGGAGGAAUCUGGGGGUCAGCCCUGUGGACCGAACCAGUGGCUCUGAAACCAGUUUCACCUUGUCCACCACUGGGUCAGCCUCCCCUCAAUCUUUCACACCAGACGAGAUGUUUGAGGAGCACAGGAGCCACACAGCAAGUCCACCUCGUACAUCCAGUAUAUCGGGUAUGGAGGAACAGCCCCUGGCAUCUGUCACCCCAAGCCCCUCUACUGGGCUGGAUCCCAAGAGUUCAGAUGGUGCUCAGCACAAUUUGAGCAGCACCUCUGGGCUUGGUCUGAAUGGAAGCUUGAGCAACACCAGGACAGCAGCCAGUGUGAGCCUGAACAACUCGGACAGUAUGUUAACUCCACCGUCUAGCCCACCUCCUCCACCUCCUGCUGAUGAGGAGCCGGCAACCCUCCGACGGAGGAAGGUCCAGGAGAGGAAGGCGAGUGGGACCAAGAGCAGCCCUGCAUUGGUCAGUCGUGAGCAACUAGGGCCAGCUCAUGACACAGCAGUAGGCAGUCAGCCUGACAGUAUGAGGAAGUCUCUUGCAGACAGCAUUGAUGAGAUUCCCUUCGCCGAUGAUGUAGAAGAUACGUACGAUGACCGGACACCCAAUACCAGCGUCCAGGAGCAAUUCUGUACACCCCCAAGCAGCCAGCCCAAACAGGAGAAAGUCUCUCCGUUGCACUUAGCCCAGGCUGCAGUCUCAAAGCUAACAACUCCAAAACAGAGACUCUUGACAUACAUCACACCAGAGGCCAAAGAGAUAGCCAAGGAAAGAAUGAGGGCUCGAGAGAAGUCUGUAAAGAGCCAGGUGCUCCGGGAUGCUAUGGAGAAGCAGCUGAGGAAGAUGAGAGACAUGGAAAUGAGUGAAGACUCCCCUGGCCAGGCGAGGAGUGGGCAAAGACAGGCGAGAGCUCAGGAGGCACCCUGGCCUGACGCCACCUUCCCCUCGAGCAUCAGGUUAACUAAUGGCCACAAGCAGGAGUUGCUGGGAGACAGGUUCCUGAGCUCCACGGCCAUUCAGGAGUCCAUCGUUGAAGGUUCUGGCGCCUCUUCGGAGGACUCCACUGGUAAAAUUAAGAAGAGGGCGUCUUUAUUUUCACCACGAAAGAGCAAAAAGGAGAAGAAAUCAAAGAGCGACAGUAGGCAAUCUCAGAAGGCGAGCGGCCCAGCCGAAGAUCUCCCCAAACCCAAAUCUCUCUGGAAAUCGGUCUUCUCCAGUUACAGAAAGGACAGGAAGAAGAAGGAGGAGACACCAUGUUCCAGUACACCGUCCAGCAGCAACACUAUUGAUUCCAGCAGCAAACACUCAAGGAAUAUCCUCCACACAGCAGCAGGACUCCAGCUUGGGCAGCAUCUGAGCUUAUCAGAAGAUUCAGACUUGUCAAGCGAUGAUGUAUUGGAGAGGAAUUCCCAGUGGUCAAGGCGAGAGAAACCCUAUACUGAGGAGGAGCUCAAUUCCAAGCUGACUCGGAGGGUGCAAAGGGCAGCUCGGAGACAGGCCAAGCAGGAGGAGCUGAAGAGGCUGCACAGGGCACAGAUUAUUCAGCGACAGCUCGAGCAGGUGGAGGAGAAGCAGCGUCAGCUGGAGGAGAGAGGUGUGGCUGUUGAGAAAGCUCUCCGUGGAGAAGCAGACUAUUGGGGAGAGUCUAGUUACAGUGAAAUCCUCGACAUGCAUCUGGGUGUUGAGGCCCUUGUUGGAGCUCCGCGGCGAAGACCUCUUUCCUUCUGCCACUGCUGUACCCACAACCGAGGAAUGGGAAAAAAAGAUGAUCCUCGACUGAUGCAGGAAUGGUUUAAACUGGUGCAAGAGAAGAACAGCCUGGUCCGCUAUGAGUCUGAGUUGAUGAUCUUUGCCCGGGAGCUUGAGCUGGAAGAUCGGCAGAGCCGGUUGCAACAGGAACUCCGUGAGCGCAUGGCUAUAGAUGACAAUCUGAAGAGCAGUGAGGAGCUGACAGAGGAGAAGCGGAUUCUGAAUGAGAUGCUGGAGGUGGUUGAACAGCGAGAUUCCCUUGUGGCCCUGCUGGAGGAGCAGAGACUGCGGGAGAAGGAGGAAGACAAGGACCUGGAGGCUGUGAUGCUGAGCAAGAGCUACAACCUGAACUGGUCAUAAUGCAGCUUGCCCAAGGGAAGGAAAGGGUUUGGGUAGAAGGAAUGGGGAGGGGAAGGAUAUUUUGACAGAAACAACAGGAGAAUGGCAGAUGAGACACUGUCCAAACAAGACCUGAGAAAAACCCUCAUGUAGCCCCCCACCUGCCCACGGGUUGGUCCUGGGCAAUGAGCUGCUAGACACGAAAAGCCUCAUUCAGAUAGCUGGUGUUGGUAAUGACUACUGAGGAUAGGCAGGAGGGGGAUGUUCAGCCAGGCCAUGGGAAUAGCUGAUACACACAGGCCUCAGCCAGACCCCAACUGAGGACCAUGAGUGACCAGCUACUCCUCCCAAAUAUUCAAACCAAUCGGUCACAUUUCCACAUUCAGCGGGGAAUGCAAAAAGGAGUGUAGGACAUGAGGCUGUCCAGUACAGAGAUGUUAAUGAAUUCUUCAAACAUGACCUCAAACAGGUUACCUGCUGGAAGUGAGAAAAAAAGAGGAUAUUGCAAACACUUUGCAAAUCAGGCGGGAUCCUUGGAGAGGAAAACAAACUAAAUCUUUGAAACGUAUUUCAGAGUUCCAGCAGGCACUGUAUUUGCUCUGGUGUUUGAGUCAAAUUUUUUUCUUCCUCUUCACUCUUGCUUUCUCUAGUCUGGCAGAGAAUCUCCAGCAAACUCUGGGACGCUGCCAACAAUGCCACAGCAUUGAGUGUCACAGGCUGCAUAAACCUGUUGCUACUGCUGAGUACAGUCCAGUGUCAUUCUGGGAUGUGGGCAAUGUUGGCCAAACAGUAGGUAAUACAGAAAGCUGCUCAAUCCUUAACAAGCUGUAUGAGUUUCAAAUGGUGGGACUACAGAAUGGCAGGGAAAUACAACAUUCAACAGUCAAAUAAUUUGGAAGGUUUCAGCACCUUUCCACUUUCACACACACACUGUACCCCGUCCAAAACCCCAACUUCACAAGCACACACACAAGUCUCCCAUCUAAAACCCCCCCAACACACACACACACACAGAGUCUCCUAUCCAAAUCCCCACCCUCACAAAUACACACUGUACCCCAUCCAAAUCCCCACCCUCUCACACACACACAUACACGCGCAUGCACACACACAGUAUACCAUCCAAACCUGCACCCUGUCAUGCACAGCCUCCCAUCCAAACCCCCACCCUCACUCUCACAUUGUACCGCAUCCAACUCAGCUCAGGAGUUCAUUACAGCCUUAGUUCACACAUUGACAGAAGAGCUGAAUUUUCAAGGUGAGGUGAAAAUGGCAGUCCUCGGGAUAAACGCCCAAUUUGUCUGAGUGUGGCAUCAAAGAGCUCUAGAGAAACUGGAAUCAAUGGGUAUCGAGGGGACAAACUCUCCACUGGUUGGAGUCAUGCCUGGCACAUAGGAAGGUGGUUAUCAUUGUUGGAGGUCAGCCAUCCCAGCUCCAGAAUACCUCUGCACGAAUUCCUCGGGAUUGUGUCCUAGGCUCAACCAUCUUCAGCUCUUCAUCAAUGACCGUCCCUGUAUCUAAGAUCACAGAUGAUUGCACAAUGUUCAGCACCAUUCAUGAUUUCUCAGAUACUGAUGCAGCUCAUGUUCAAUUGCAGCAUAUCCUUGUUUGAGUUAACAAAUGUCAGGCAAUGACCAUUAAGAGAGAAUCUAACCAUCACUGAAUCCUCCCACUAUCACCAUCCUGGGAGUUACCAUUGACCAGAAACUGAACUCAACUCAAUAAAUAAAUAGUGGCUACAAGAGCCAAUCAGAGGCUAGCAAGUAACUCACUUCCGGACUCCCCAAAACCUGUACACCAUCUAGAAACCACAAGUCAGAUGUGUGAUGGAAUACUCCCCACUUUCCUGGAUGCGUGUAUCUCCAGCAACACUCUAGAAGCUUGGCACUGUCCAGGACACAGCAGCUCACUUGAUUGGCACCACAUCCACAAGCAUCCACUCCUUCCGCCACUGACAGUCAGUAGCAGCAGUGUGUACUAUCUACAAGAUGCACUGCAGAAAUUCACCAAAGAUCCUCAGAUAGCACUUUGCAAACCCAUGGCCACUUCCAAAGAGGACAAGGGCAGCUGAUACAUGGGCACACUACCAUCUCCCCUCCAAGCCACUCACCAUCCUGACUUGGAAAUACAUCACCUUUCCUUCACUGUUACUGAGUCAGAAUCCUGGAAUUCACUCUCUAAGAGCAUUGUGAGUCUACCCACGACACAUGGACUGUAGCAGUUCAAGAAGGCAGCUCACCACCACCUUCAUAGGCAAUAAAUUCUGGCCAUCCAGCAACACCCUACAUCCCAUUAGGACAAUGCCUAUCCUAAUUCUCAUCCCUUCACAUUGCCCCUCACACUUCUGUCUAACUGGUAAAUCCCUUCACUUCCCUUUGACCCCCACAAGACUUUCCUAAUUUCCCUCCAUUCUUGUCACUCAGUUGUUCCUUCUUGUCUGGCUCUGAAUGUUAAUAUAAACUACCCAGACUCUGCUGAUCAGUCCUGUCUACACUGGAGCCAUGCCUGUGUGUAUUUGCAUGUUCAAGUAUGUCCUGGUGUAGUGUGAACAGAUUUCUGUCUCUUGCGGUGACACCUGGAUACGGUAGUAUUGGAUACUGAUAAUCUGACAGUGUUAUGUGAGAGGGAGUGUCUGUGUGUGUGUGCGUGUGCGCGCGUCCACACGUGCAGGUCGAAUUAGAAACUAUGCGUGUGGGUGAUUUGGCGGUGGGUUGGGGCAUGUGUGGGGUAUGUUAGAAUCUGCACAGUGGAGUGCAGAAGUAUUUAAAAAUGAAAUCCUGUGGGUUGGUGAGACCAGUCAUAAUUCAGGUGAAGAUUGUGGAUGGAAGUCUGUGUUUGGGUACAUUUCCACUCAAACUGGAGUCUAAUUCAGAUGAAAAUUGGGAUGUGUCCACAGACUGGGGAAAAGAACCCCUCUAGUAGUCAGCUCUCUGGGAGUGGAUUUGCAGACUUGUCUGUAAACCAGAUUUGUUCCCAGUGGGAACAUUAUUUAAAUGUGAUUGUACACUGUGCUUUAGAUUAAACUCAUGCUCUUUUCACUGCUGUCAACUUGCACUGUGGCCGUUGUGUAUCGGGAUUACCACAGGAAAAGACAGAGUGUGUCUCAGUACAGACUGUCAACACAAAUGCUGGUGCAGAGUUCACUGGCCUGGCACCAGUUUAGACAAACAAACAUCUUAUAGAGUCACUUUACCCCAACAACGUUCAGGAGCAGCGUACACAAAACCAGCAGAAACAGUCAGUCACUAUGAGAGCAGCUGCCAGCAACAACCGCCUGUAAAAAGGAGAAGGCAACUUCCGGCUCACAGAAACCCCCUCCAUCAUACUCUCCCUUCCUCACACUCCCUCUGUCACACCCUCCCUCCCUUACACACUCUCCUUCCCUCACAUUCUCUCCCUCACACUCUGUCUCCCAUUCUCUCCCUCACACUCUGUCUCCCUCAAGUAAUCAAUCACUCAUUCACACUAACUUUCAAACUCUCUCUGUCACAGACCCAUUCUCUGACACACUCUUGCAGUGCCUCACACAUUCUCCUUCACAUGCUUUCUUCCUCAUACUCCCUCACUCUCUCCUUCACACUCCUACACCCUCACGCUGCUCUUUCUUCAUCACUCUCACACUAUCACUACCAGAAUCUCACUCCUAUUCUCCGUCACUUCCACAUUCACUUUCUCACUCACCUCACACAUUCCUCAUUCAAUCCCUCUAUCUCUGACUUGCUCACUCUCAUUCCCCUAUUCACUUCCACUGUCAAUUCCUCACACUCUCACUCAGUCCAUCAGUCUCUCAUUCUCCUUUAAACACUCCCUUCCUGACACACUCCCUUCUUAACACUCACGCAAUCUCUCAUAUGGUCCCACAGAAUUGUGCUGCAUCAGGCCAUUCGGCCCAUCCUACCUGCACCAGUUCUACUCUAAGUGCCAAUCUGCUGCCUUUGGCCCUGCAGACUAUUUCUAUCCAAUGCCUCUAUUGAACCUGCCAUCCACCACAUUUCUAGAUAUAAAUGCUCCCUGUCUGAAAAAGAUGUUUUUCACAUCACUUGUUCUUUUGUAAAUUGUUUUGAAUCCCAUUUUGGUUCUAUUAUGGUGAAAAUAACUUGUCCCUAUCCACUCUGCUCAGCCAUCUCUUUCCUUACAACUGAAGUUUCUCAUUCCCGGAACCAUUCCUAUAAAUUGCUUCUGCACUCUCUCUAAUACAGUCACAUCUUGCUGGAAAUGUGGCACCACAGCUGCUAACAGUACUCCAGCUGGGGUCUAAUGGUUGUCUUAUAUAAGUUCAACAUCAGAUCCUUGCUCUUGUACUCCAUGUCAAUAUUAAUGUAUUACGUGGACUGCAACAGUUCUAGAAGACCUACACCUUCACAAGGGGCAGGCAAUAAAUAUUGGCUGGCCAGGAAUGCCAUAUCCCACAAAUGAAUUAAAAAUGUGUAGAAGUGAUUGUAUACUUAUUGCUGUCUUCACCUUCAAUGAUCUGUACACAUAUAUCCACCCAGGCUGUCUGUACCUGCCUUCCCUUUUGAAUUGUACCUCUUAUUUUAUGUUGUCUUUCAAUGUUCAUCACACAUUGCCUCACACUACUCUGUAUUGACACCUGCCACCUAUCUGCCGUCUCCACCAACUUUUCAAUGUUCUUUUGGAGUUUCACACUGUCCUCACAGUUUAUAAUUCUUCCAAGUUUUGUGUCUUCUGCAAAUUUUGAAAUUGUCCCCUGCACAUCAAGAUCUUAAUCAUUAAUAUAUAAAGCAGGACCCCAGUACUGACCCUUGGGGAACUUCAUUACAAACCUUCCUCCAACUCAAAAAAUAUCCAUUAACUAUUACUCUCUGUUUCCUAUCUUUCAACCCAAUCAUCUACAUUGCAACAACAAAGAGGAGUACACCACAGGAACAAGCCCUUUGUCCCUCCAAGACUGUAUUGAUACAUGAUGCUUUUCUAAACUAAAAAUCCUUUUGCCUCUAUGUGGUCCAUAUCCCUACCUAAUCAUAUAUCUAUCAAAAGAUGCCUUUUAAACAUUGCUAUUGUAUCCGCCUCUAUCAUCCAUAUGUUUAUCCAAUGACCAUUUAAAUGCCCUUAAAGUUGGCGAGUCUACUAUUGUUGCAGGCAGGGCAUUCCAUGCCCUUACUCUGACUUCUCUCUCCUAAAUCUAUCACUCCUCAAUUUAACACUAUGACCCCUCGUGCUAGCCAUCACCAUCUGAGGAAAAAGGCUCUCACUGUCCACCCUAUCUAAUCCUCUGAACAUCUUAUAUGUCUCUAUUAAGUCGACUCUUAACCUUCUUCUCUCCAACGAAAGCAGCCUGAAGUCCCUCAGCCUUUCCUCAUAAGAUCUUCCCUUCAUACCAGGCAACAUCCUGGUAAAUCUCCUCUGCACCCUUGCCAAGCUUCCACAUCCUUCGUAUAAUGCAGCGACCAUAACUAUACGCAACACUCCAAGUGCAGCCGCACCAGAGUUUUGUACAGCUGCAACAUGACCUCGUGGCUCCAAAACUCAAUCCCUCCACCAAUAAAACCUAACACAUCGUAUACCUUCCUAUCAACCUGGGUGGCAACCUUCAGGGAUCUAUGCACAUGGACACCGAGAUCUCUCUGCUCAUCCACACUACCAAGAAUCUUACCAUUAGCCCAGUACUCUGUAUUCCUGCUACUCCUUCCAAAGUGAAUCACCUCACACUUUUCCACAUUAAACUCCAUUUGCCACCUCUCAGUCCAGCUCUGCAGCUUAGCUAUGACCCUCUGUAACCUGCCACAUCCUUCCGCACUAUCCACAACUCCACCAACUUUAGUGUCAUCCGCAAAUUUACUAACCCAUCCUUCUAUGCCCUCAUCCAGGUCAUUUAUAAAACUGACAAACAGCAGUGGCCCAAAACAGAUCCUUGCAGUACACCACUAGUAACUGAACUCCAGGAUGAACAUUUCCCACCAACCACCACCCUCUGCCGCCUUACAGCUAGCCAAUUUCUGAUCCAAACCACUAAAUCACCCUCAAUCCUAUGCCUCUGUAUUUUCUGCAAUAGCCUACCCUGGGGGCCCUCAUCAAACGCUUUACUGAAAUCCAUGUACACCACAUCAAUCACUUUCCCCUCAUCCACCAGUUUGGUCACCUUCUCAAAGAACUUAAUAAGGUUUGUAAGGCACGAUCUACCCUUCACAAAACCGUGUUGACUAUACCUGAUCAAAUUAUUCCUUUCUAGAUAACAGUUCUUGCAUUUACUGUUUACUUACCACCUACAUUAGAUCUUCCAAAAUGUACAACAUUGCAUUUGCCCUGAUGAAUUUCCAUCUGCGCAAGUCUCCAGUCUAUCUGUAUUCUGCUAUAUCUUCUAGCAAUUGUCACUAUCCGCAGCUCCCCUAAUCUUUGUGCUGUCCACAAAUUAGGCCACAUAUAUUCUCCUCCAAAGGGGUGCCAGCACUGAUCCUUGUGGAACACCACUGAUCACAGAUCUCCAGGCAGUAAAACACCCUUCCACUGUUGCUGCCUAUCUUCUAUGACUAACCCAGUUCUGUAUUCAUUUUACCAGCCCACUGUGGAUCUCAUGUGACUUCACUUUUUGCAUUAGCCUGCCAUGAGGGAUCUUGUCAAAGGUCUUUCUAAACUCUAUUUAAACAAGAUCUACCACUGUGCUCUCGUCAAUUAUCUUUGUUACUUGCUCAAAAAAGCCAUUCAAGUUUGUGUGAUGCGUCUCCUCCACAAGUUUCCUUGGAAGUCUAUUGCAUGGCACCGUAUCAAAUGCAUUCCGGAAAUCCAUGUAGACCACAUUAAACAACAUGAUGCUGAUUAACCCUUUCUGUUACCUCUUCAAAAAACUCUAGCAGGUAAGUAAAGCAUGAUUUCCCCUUCAGACAUUCGUGUUGACUCUUCGAGUCAAGCCAAAUUUUUCCAUGCGAUUGCUAAAUACAUUCAAAUAAGUUGUCUUCUACAACUGAACUGAACUUAACUGAUCUGUACGCACUGGGAUUAUCCUUACAACCUUUCUUAGCACACUCUUUGUCACACUUCCUCAUGCAUUUCCUCACCAAAUCUCUCACUCCUUCACACACUAAAUCCCUCACAUUCUCUCUCCCUCUCACAAUCUCACACUCUCACCCUCCUUCACACUGUCUCCUUCCCCACACACUAACACUCUCACUCCCUCUCUCACACCAUCCCUGUCAUUCCGUCCCUCACACACACACUUGGUGCUCUUCAGUGCUGAAUUCUGUGUUUCUGUCACAGGAAGUAACAGGUGGGAGUGAUUUAUUCCUUAUUUCUAGCUGUGUGCUGUACCUGAGCAGGUUUGUUCUGAAAGACUCCAGUUUGCAAUAGUAAAGGGAUGACCAUGUAGUUCCUCAUCCACCAACUGUAAAUAUGUCACUGAUUAUUCUGUAUGUUGUGAGCUGUGCAAUCACUUGCACUCAUUCUGACAAUAACUCCAGGUCCUCAAUAUGUGAUGGUGGAAUUAAAGUUAUUUAUUAACACUUGUUAUGAGACUACUUUAUACAUUAAAAUAAUCCAACUUUU